AUGUUCGGCGGCGUGAACAAGCGCUACGAGCACGAGAGCGCGACUCUCGGGUGCACCAUGAAAUUCUCCAUCUACUUCCCGCCCGCCGCCACCUCCUCGCGCGUCCCGGUGAUCUACUGGCUCUCGGGUCUCACCUGCACGGACGAGAACUUCAUUCAAAAGUCGUUCGCGCAGAAAUACGCCUCAGAGCACGGGGUUGCUCUCAUUGUGCCUCACACAUUCGCACAGGUGAUCUACUGGCUCUCGGGUCUCACCUGCACGGACGAGAACUUCAUUCAAAAGUCGUUCGCGCAGAAAUACGCCUCAGAGCACGGGGUCGCCCUCAUUGUUCCCAGACACCUCGCCCCCUGCCGUGCAAGCUCCCUCUCCUUCUCACAGCACCUUCCCUGCGGGCCCAAGCCGGCCUCAGAGCACGGGGUCGCGCUCAUUGUCCCCGACACCUCGCCCCGUGGGUUGAAGGUGGAAGGAGAGUCAGACAAUUGGGAUUUCGGAGUGGGUGCCGGCUUUUAUGUAAACGCCACGGUUCCCAAGUGGAAGAACUGGCAGAUGUACGACUAUGUGACUGAGGAGACCCUCUCCUCCUAUGUGACUGAGGAGACCCUCUCCUCCUAUGUGACUGAGGAGCUCCACCGAAUUUUGGAGUCGACUCAAAGGCAGUCAAAGAAACGUAUCAAUACACCUAAACCUGCUUCCUUGUCCGGUGCUACUCCUGUCCUUUUUGCUGUUUUCUUUCCCUACGCAGGCGGGUUGAAGGUGGAAGGGGAAUCGGACAACUGGGAUUUUGGUGUAGGUGCUGGCUUUUAUGUAAACGCCACAGUGCCCAAGUGGAAGAACUGGCAGAUGUACGACUAUGUGACUGAGGAGCUCCACCGGAUUUUGUCCGCUCACUACACUAAUCUGGACAUGCAGCGAAGGCUUUCUCUUGCUGCCUUCUUUUCACCUUCCACGCUGAACGCCCCAUUUCCCCUGUUUCCCCCGUGUUUCCCCCUCCUCCCCCUUUUCUCACUUCCCCUCCAGUCCGUGUCCGCAUUCGCCCCCAUCUGCAACCCCACGGAGUGCCCCUGGGGGCAGAAGGCCUUCACGGGGUAUUUGGGGGACGAUAAGGCAGCCUGGGAGGAGUAUGAUGCCACAGCGCUCGUGAAGCAGUACCCAGGGCUUCCCUGUCAACUAUAUUGGUGCGACUUUUUAGAAUUCUCAAAAGUCGCACCAACAGGGCUUCCCUGUCAACUCGGCACUCUCCCCCUUCCCUCGUCCAGCAUCUCAGCUCUCUCCUCCUCGUCCUCAUCCCUUCCCCUGCACGCCUGCCCCUCUCAGGAGUAUGACGCCACAGCGCUCGUGAACCAGUACCCAGGGCCAAAGGUUGACAUUCUCAUCGACCAGGGCGACAGCGACAAGUUCGACCACGAGAAGCAUCUGCUGCCGGAGGUGGGCGACAGCGACAAGUUCGACCACGAGAAGCAGCUGCUGCCGGAGAACUUCCAAAAGGCUCGCACGGAGGCAUCGUGA